AGCGUGGAUCUAGGUGAGAUCAUGUUCUCCUUGUGCUACCUGCCCACGGCGGGCCGACUCACUCUCACCGUGAUCAAGUGCAGGAAUCUGAAGGCCAUGGACAUCACUGGCUACUCAGACCCGUAUGUGAAGGUGUCGCUCAUCUGUGACGGCCGGCGCCUGAAGAAGAAGAAGACCACCAUCAAGAAGAACACGCUCAACCCCAACUACAACGAGGCCAUCAUCUUCGACAUCCCGCCUGAGAACAUGGACCAAGUCAGCCUGCACAUCUCCGUCAUGGACUACGACCUGGUUGGCCAUAAUGAGAUUAUCGGGGUGAACCGUGUGGGCAGUCAUGCAGAAGGGUUGGGCCGUGACCACUGGAACGAGAUGCUGGCGUAUCCACGGAAACCCAUCGCUCACUGGCACCCCCUGCUGGAGGCCAAGAGGUCUGAGAAAGAGUGGAAGGCGCGCACGGCCAGCUUUGACAGCCAGGGCUCUUGCCCCUCCCCUCGCCUGCCGUCCAGCCCCUGAGGAGGGGCCUGAGAGAAGCCACACCCCUCCCUGGAGCCCCUCCCCCUCCCCGUGCUGCCGAGCUCCAGAGGUGGUCCACGUCCGUCCGUCUGUCCGUCCGUCCGCACAGAAGCCUCCUCGGACGGAAGCAGCAGCCCCGCACUGCUGAGAGAACCCUGUGUGUGUGUGAGAGACGUAACACAAGUGUGUGUGUGAGAGAGAGACGUAAACACAAGUGUGUGUGUCUUCCUCAUGCUUCUAGCUUCCUGCUGGAGCUCCUCACCGGUGUCUGGUUUAAAGCAAUGUGUGUCAUGUACAGUGUGUGAGAGACAUUUUCCUUUCUUGUGUAAAGUUGAAGAAUUUUAUGUUGUAAAAAAACGCUGCAUCAGCUUUCUGUUGUUGUGUUGUUGUGCUUCUGCAGUAUUCAAGUCAUGACAUCAUCAUUUAGAGACUCUUAUGUGGUUACGGAAUAGAGUUUAUCACACACCAUAAUCAAUGUGUGUGCGUUCAGCUUAUCACACACCCUAAUCAAUGUGUGUGUGUUCAGUUUAUCACACACCCUAACCGAUGUGUGUGUGUUCAGUUUAUCACACACCCUAAC